CGACUGACGUCUGUGUUCUGUGAGUGGUCGAUAGCCGCGCGUGGUAAGUCGGAUCCAGUCUCUCUUAAAAGCUCCCACACAGCCCCAGACGGUGCUUUGUUCCAAUGACAGAGAUGUCACGCUUUCUUGCCGGCCAGAUUUUCUCUCGUUUUAUGAGAAAGAAUAUACAACACUUGAAGCAAUGUAAGAUAAGAACUUUUACUACAGCACCAAGUACUAAUUUAAAAGAUGUUUUAGAAAAGAAAAUUCCUGAAAAACAAAAAGAAGUCAUCGAGUUCCGUAAACAACAUGGCAAUACAAAGAUUGGUGAAGUUACAGUUGACCAGGUGUUUGGUGGUAUGCGUGGCAUCAAAGGCCUUGUAACGGAGACCUCUGUCCUAGAUGCAGAUGAAGGGAUCCGUUUCCGAAAUUACAGCAUUCCGGAAUGUCAGGAAAUCCUACCAAAAGCUCAUGGCGGUGGAGAAGAACCUCUCCCAGAGGGUCUGUUUUGGCUCCUGGUCACAGGUGAUGUACCAACCCAGGAGCAGGUUGAUGCUAUUUCGAAGGAAUGGAACGACAGAGCAGCACUACCCAACCAUGUAAUAACCAUGCUAAACAACUUCCCCAGUAACCUUCAUCCCAUGUCUCAGUUUAGCGCUGCCAUUACAGCACUGAACAGUGAAAGCAAAUUUGCAAAAGCUUAUUCUGAUGGAGUCCACAAGACUACCUAUUGGCAGUAUGUUUAUGAAGAUUCCAUGAAUCUCAUUGCCAAACUGCCCACCAUAGCAGCAAUUAUUUACCGAAAUCUGUACCGUGAUGGCACCUCGGUUGGUGCCAUUGAUCCAGAUAAGGACUGGACAUGGAACUUUACCUCCAUGUUAGGGUUUGAAGAUCCAGCAUUUACUGAACUCAUGAGAUUGUACCUCACUAUUCACAGUGAUCAUGAAGGAGGCAAUGUCAGUGCCCACACAACUCAUCUUGUAGGCAGUGCCCUUUCUGACCCUUAUUUAGCAUUUGCAGGAGGAAUGAAUGGUCUUGCAGGGCCACUUCACGGACUUGCUAAUCAGGAAGUCCUUGUGUGGUUGACGAAGUUACAGCAGCAACUUGGCGGUGAAGUUUCAGAUGAUCAACUAAGGGAAUUUAUAUGGAACACCUUGAAAUCUGGGCAGGUUGUGCCAGGCUAUGGGCAUGCUGUGUUACGGAAAACAGAUCCCCGCUACACCUGCCAACGUGAGUUUGCUCUGAAGCAUCUACCUGAUGACCCUCUAUUUAAACUGGUGUCACAGCUCUACAAAGUCGUUCCAGACACACUUAUGCAGCAUGGAAAAGCCAAAAACCCUUGGCCCAAUGUUGACGCACACAGUGGCGUCUUACUUCAGUACUACAAUCUAAAGGAAAUGAACUACUACACAGUACUGUUUGGUGUGUCUCGUGCCCUGGGUUGCAUGGCGUCACUUAUCUGGUCCCGAGCACUUGGUCUUCCCUUGGAACGUCCAAAAUCCUUUGAUAUCAAGCACUUGAAGAAGCUGGCUGGUGCUGCAUAAUAGUCUACUAUGCCCUUCCCCCUCCCUUCUCUUUCUCUUUUCUCUCUCUCUCUUCUCCCCCACUCACUUCAGUCACUUACUAAAUAUGGGACAGGCAAAAAAACUGUUCUUCAUUGAGAUUAUGGCACCAGCA